CAGCAUUAUUAAUCGAAUGACUAGUUUACACGUCAAUUUACUGAAGUUACUGAAGACAAGCUUUUUCCUAUACGAAAUAAAAUAGUUUCUUAUUAAACAUGGGACUAACAAUAUCUAGUCUUUUGACACGUUUGUUUGGAAAAAAACAAAUGCGUAUUCUUAUGGUUGGCUUGGAUGCUGCUGGAAAAACGACUAUUCUGUACAAAUUAAAGCUGGGUGAAAUUGUAACCACCAUACCAACCAUAGGCUUCAAUGUCGAGACUGUGGAAUAUAAGAAUAUAUGUUUUACCGUUUGGGAUGUUGGUGGCCAAGACAAAAUUCGCCCGUUGUGGCGACACUAUUUCCAAAAUACACAGGGUCUUAUAUUUGUAGUGGAUUCCAACGACCGCGAUCGUAUAACUGAAGCUGAAAGAGAACUACAGAACAUGCUCCAGGAGGAUGAACUUAGGGACGCGGUACUUUUGGUUUUUGCCAACAAACAGGACCUACCGAAUGCAAUGACAGCUGCCGAGCUUACGGACAAGUUGCGCCUUAACCAAUUAAGGAAUCGCCACUGGUUUAUUCAGUCUACAUGUGCUACCCAAGGGCACGGUCUUUAUGAAGGACUUGAUUGGCUAUCAGCUGAAUUGGCUAAAAAAUAAAAAUAUUCCUUAUAUUGUAAGAUAGGAAUUGCUGUUCUCGUAUGCUGAAAACUAGAUUUUAAAUAAACUUGUAAAUGUAUAUAAACUCGUUUGGAACUUUGUUGUAAAUUUAAAAUGUCCACGUUUUAUGUGUUGGUGAGAAAACUGCACUUGCCUUAGUUGUAUUUUUAAAAAUUAGUGAUCGGAUAACUAAUAAAAAUAUAUUUUUAACUUACUUAUUCGGGAAAAUAUAUGUUCGUUUUUUUAUUAGUAUGCCUCAAUACCAUUACCAGAAUUCAAUCAAAUAAAC